AUUUGACCCCGAGUCAUUCUUCAGCUUCUUAAAGGACAAGCAAGAUUGGUAGAUUUAACCCUGAUGCAUUAAGAUAACUCGAACACAAAUACAAAAUGUGCCAUUUGUUUUCGGCGGGAGAUCAUAGUGGUAUAGUGGCUUUCUCCUUGCCAACGUGGUUUCACUGCGAGAACGCAAAAUAAAACACCUAUUCAGCGGGGCAGUACGCUAGACUGGGGCUAUAUUUCCUGUUUGCAGACCUACAUGGUUGCCUGGGACCAAGGUGAUAUUUAAUCUCCCGUUUAUUCUUCACGUGAACCCCUGGGUGUGUUCUUCAGGGAUCAGCAACUCGAAAACUAUAAAAACCUAUGCACGUACGAGACGCAUUAUUGUACUAAGUCGGCCAGUGCAACUUUCACUGAGUUUCCGCCUGUGAGUUCACCAGCAUGGCUUCAAAUUGCUCAGGAUGUGGACCUGGAUAUAAAAGUCCUCUGGAUGCCAUGAAAGGUCCUCGAGAGGAGAUUGUCUACCUGCCAUGCAUUUAUCGCAACACAGAGAUUCAGAAACCUGACUAUCUUGCAACUGUAGAUGUUAAUCCACAGUCUCCCAAUUUUUGCAAGGUGAUUCACAGGUUACCCAUGCCCAAUUUAAAGGAUGAGCUACACCAUUCUGGUUGGAAUGCCUGUAGUAGUUGCUUUGACGAUGCCUCCAAAAACCGCAACCGUCUCAUCUUGCCCUCCCUGAUCUCCUCGCGUAUCUACGUAGUUGAUGUAGGGACGGAUUCACGGGCCCCACGGCUUCACAAGACAGUGGAGCCCACAGAUCUGUUCUGGAAAUGUGGUUUGGCCAACCCCCACACUUCUCACUGUCUUGGCAGUGGCCAAAUCAUGAUCAGUACCAUGGGUGAUCCUUCGGGUAAUGGCAAAGGUGGUUUUGUGUUACUGGAUGGGGAGACUUUCGAAGUCAUUGGCAACUGGGAGCAGCCAGGUGAAGCGGCACCCUUUGGUUAUGACUUCUGGUACCAGCCGCGCCAUAACGUCAUGAUAAGCACUGAGUGGGGAGCGCCCAAAGCAUUGGGACAUGGCUUUAACCCAGCAGAUGUCAAAGCUGGUCACUACGGACAGUGCCUUCAUGUGUGGGACUGGACCACUCACAAGCGAAUCCAAACUCUGGAUCUGGGAGAAGAGGGCGCAAUCCCUCUAGAGAUCCGAUUCCUUCAUGACCCUGCUGCAGCUGAGGGCUUUGUGGGCUGUGCGCUUCAGGGCACGGUCUUCCGCAUCUACAAGACCAUGAAAGAGGACUGGGCGGCAGAGCGAGUCAUCAAAGUUCCCAGCAAAAAGGUGGAAGGUUGGGCUCUUCCUGAGAUGCCAAGUCUCAUUACAGAUAUCUUGAUCUCAUUGGAUGAUCGCUUCCUGUACUUCAGUAACUGGUUGCAUGGAGACAUUCGACAGUAUGACAUCACUGAUAGGAGGAAUCCUUGUAUGGUGGGUCAGGUGUUCCUUGGGGGCAGCAUUUUGAAGGACGGAUCUGUAAAAGUGCUGGAGGACAAAGAACUGAAUAGCCAGCCAAUUCCCCGGAUAGUGAAGGGAAAAAGGGUUCAGGGAGGCCCUCAGAUGCUACAACUGAGCUUGGAUGGAAAAAGACUCUACGUCACCACCUCUUUAUACAGUGCAUGGGAUAAGCAGUUCUACCCUGACCUUGUAAAGGAGGGUUCAGUGAUGAUGCAGAUUGACGUUGACACAGAUAAAGGUGGCCUGAAGCUCAACGAGGAUUUCCUUGUGGAUUUCGGGGCAGAGCCAGGAGGUCCCGCGCUGGCCCAUGAGCUCAGAUAUCCUGGUGGAGACUGUACCUCUGAUAUCUGGUUAUGAAAUUGAGGCCAAGACAUCAUGUUCUGAGGGGCUCAGUUAUUCUCAUCAUGUAUGUAGUCAUGCUCACUAUUUAGUGGAGAUCCUCAUUGCUCAUCAUGCUUAUUGAAUGUGUGGACCAAAUGCUAAAAGGGAUAGUUUUUAGAAUUUAAAAUAAUAUGAUCAUAUACUCACCCUCAUGUCAUUCCAAACCUCUAAGACUGUCACAAAAGGAUAUGUUAAGAACUGACUGCCUCAGUUACCAUUCACUUUUAUUGCAUUGAUUUUCCAUACAAUAAAAGCGAAUUGUGAAUAGUGAAUUGAAUAAAAGCUAAGCUAGACUCUAUUAUGCCCAACAUCUUCAUUUGUGUUUCACGGAAGAAAUUCAUACAGGUUUGCAACAUAAUUGGCUACAGCAGAGUGAAUUAUGUGUAUUAUGUGAGUCACUAAUUCUCAUUAACUUUUUUUUUUUUUAUAAAUAUUUUUAGCCCAGUGAACUUCUAAAGGCUGUUAUUUGUUGGUAGGGCUUUUCAAAUCAUUAGAAUUGCAAAUUAGAUUUUUAAACAUGAUACAAGUGUACAGAGAAUGCUAAAUCCAUCUCUUUAAUUCCCUGUAUUCCUAUGCUGUUAAGAAUAUGUUCUAUCAAAAAAUAACUGAUAUAAUGCUAUAUUUUUAUUUUAAGUGCUUUGAAAUAAAAAAAAAUUAAAAUGGA